AUGUCGCGUUCUCUCCGCAAAGCUACCGGCGUCAGCGCAAUCUCUCCUUUAACAUUUCAACAUCUGAUUUGUGUUCAAACCCAGUGGUUUUCAUCGAGGUAUGCUUAUUCAACCUCUGCCAAUGGGCAUUCUUUCACCGUCUCAUAUCUCAUUGACACCUGUGGCUUAUCACCCAAACAAGCUGCUUCAGCUUCUAAGUGUGUCAGCUUCGAAACGCGGGAUAAACCUGAUUUGGUUAUCAAUUUCCUUAAAAGUCAUGGAUUCUCUCAGCCCCAGAUUAUUCGCUUCAUUACUGACACCCCAUCGUCUCUCCGAUAUGAUCCUGAGAAAACCUUUCUGCCCAAAAUUGAAUUUUUUAAAUCCAGAGGCUUUUCGAGCUUGGAUAUCCCUAAGCUCAUAUGUAGUUAUCCUAGAAUCAUGUCAAGAAGCUUAAGGAAGCAGCUCAUUCCUUCCUUUAACUUCUUUCGAGAUGUGUUUCAAUCUGACGACAAGCUCAUUAAAACUCUUCGAAUUUACUCGGGCAUUCUUGUUGAUGCCAACACAAUUGCCCGGCCUAAUAUGGAGCUAUUGCGAGAAGCAGGAGUUCCUGAAUCAAAUGUCAUCAAAUUUUUGCAAUAUAAUCCUAGGACAUUAACUGCAAGUCCUAAUGUGCUUAAGGACAUUGUGGAAGAAGUGAAUAAUAUUGGGAUCAAUCCUUUGAAGUAUCAAUUUCUUAUGGCUGUUCAUGUGUUCUUCUGUCUAAGCAAAUCCUCAUUGGCAAAGAGAGCUGAUGUUUAUAAAAAGUGGGGUUGGUCUGACCAUGACAUUCUUGUGGCAUUUAGAAAGUUUCCUCUCUGUAUGGUAGCAGCAGAGGAUAAGAUCGAUGCAAUAAUGGAGUUUCUUGUCCAUAAAUUGGGCUUUGAGUCUUCUACUGUUAGCAAAUAUCCUACAGUUUUUACAAUGAGUUUCAGAAGGCGAAUAGUUCCGAGAGGUGCUGUCAUUCAAGCUCUGUUGUCAAGGGGUCUAAUGAAAAAGAAAACAUUGUUAACAAAAUUUGUAUAUAGUGAAAGUUAUUUUUUGAGGAAGUUUGUCCUUUGUCAUGGGCAGGAAGCUACUGAAUUAUUAGAGUUGUAUCAGUCUAAACUGCAUCUUGCAAGGCAAAUGAAGAAUGGAAAGGUUUGAAGGUUUGAAUAUACUACUUGAUUCACCCUGUCUGCUCUGGUUGAGAAUGUAUUUUUUCUUAAUAAACAUAAAGGUAAAGUUGUGAUAUUCAUAUUAUUUUGGUAUAAAUGGCUUUGGCCAUUCAUAUUUCAAUUUUGUAAUUUUCUUUCAAAUGGAAUAUGUUUAAUUUAUUAGCUAGAAAAUUCAGGGCGCAUCUGUUUCCGCAUUGACAACUAAAAUUGUACUUUUAGCGUUGAUUUGAGCAUUGUCUUUCACACUUAUUGGUGCUUGCUAAGUUCUUGAUUCAACACUUUAUGAUUCAACUUAAUUGGAUUGAUAUUUGUGUGUUUCCCACCCAAUUUAACAAAUAAGUCAUAAGCAUAACUUUUAUAUUUUAUAUUAAUAUAUUUUAUCCAUACUGACACCAAAUUAUACAUUUUAAGCUAUUGUUGUUUAUGCCUUCCUGAGCAUGACAAUCUGAACAUCUUAUAGAAUUCCAUUAGGCCCUUUGAAAUCGAAACAUUUCAAUUUUUGGACAGCCUGUCUCUUUCCUAAUCAGAUCAGCAUAGAGAACUGGAUUUGGGGCAUUAUUUUGGGAGAAAUGUACGAUGUAUGUUUCUUUUCUUAUUAUUAUAACAUCUCUUCUUCUUUUUGGUGUAAAAAAGGUUUAGGUGAGUUGAGUCUGAAGGCUAACUUAGGCCAGGGAAGCAUCUCUUCUUCUUUCCAUUUUUUUAAAUUUGCUAUGGCUAUACCAAGAAUUAAGUUCAAGACCCCAACAGAGUCACAGAGGAGCUCCAUUGUUCCAGAAAGGGGGAGUACUUUCCCAAUUCAAAAACAUUCCGAAGACAAUGAGGCUGUGGUAAACAUUGUUAAGGUAAGUGCAAAUUCCAUCCUCCUAAUCAUGUAGCCGAUGUUUGCAUCACAUAGGAAUCGCUCCCAUGUUACGGAGCUGAUAUGUUGUGCAUGCCAUUGUACCAAAGGGUAAUUAUCAGAGGGCUAGUGGAAGAAGGACAUAUACCUCUACAAAUCAUGCUUCAGAGUAAUCGACAUCUUGUAGAGGUUUUUGAGUUAGGAUUCGAGCUGAGUUGGGUUUUGCAGAGCUUUCGGUCGAAAAAGCUUGCAUAGGAUGGCAAGCCGACAUCUAUCAAACUAGUUGCAGAGCGUGCUGUGUGUUUCAGUUUUUGCCGUCUUGGACCAUUUACCAUCGCAUCUAUUUUUUUUCCCUCUUCUAUUUGGCCCUUUUACGUUGUUUUCUUCUCAAGCUAUUUAUCGUUGUCCUAUGUCCCAUACUAAUAAAGGAUAGAAGCCAGUUUUUGGA